AUGAAAAAUGGUAGGAAGGACCCUAAAAAAUUAGCUAGGUAUUCCACAACUACAGAGUUAAAGGUAUAUGAAAUGGAUGCAAAUUCAAAGGAGGAGAAAACAUGUAUGGUUCUGAAAAGGAGAAGAAAGCACAAGGAAGAGUGGAUUAGAAUAGACGAAGAAGAAGAGGAGGAGGAGGAGGAGGAGGACUUGUUCAAGGCUAGAAGGCCUCGACGAACGGGGGAGGAUGCAUACUACGACGAUGUAAUGAGUCCACGAAAAAUCCGGCCUUUCGACGAUGACAAAGGUCCACUUGUUGCUGUCAAGCCUGAUCCUCGUGUCGACUCUAAAGCUUCAGUUUUCAUUGCCAACUUCCAUGCAGCUCGAAUCUCAGAAUCCGAACGCCAAAUUUUUCAGCAAUCAGCUGGAAAGGCAGCUUAG